AUGUGUGAUUCUACAAAACAUCCUCAAGUGUCUAAUGAUGCAGUUCGGCUGAGACUAUUUCCUUUUGCUCUUAAAGGAAAGGCUCUUAGUUGGUUGGAAAGGCAGCCUGCAGCAAGCAUCUCUACCUGGGAUGAUUUAUCACAGAAGUUCUUUGUUCAGUUCUUCUCGAUGGAAAAGUAUAACCAGAUGGUGAAUGAUAUCACCAAUUUCACUCAAUCAGAGGGUGAAUCAAUGUGUGAAGCAUGGAACCGGUUCAAAGACUUGAUGAGAAGGUGUCCUCAGUAUAACUUGACUGCUGGUAGUCAGGUAGCAAACUUGACAUCAAGGCUUGAUAAGAUGCAAUUUUCUAGUGUUCAAGCUCAAGCUGCAGCAGUUGUCUGUGAAUAUUGUAAAGAAGAUCAUGAAUCCAAUGAAUGUCCUACUCUGCUAGCCUAUGAUCCUCCUCAGCAGGUACAUGUAAAUGGUAUGUGGUAUGAUCAGAGACCCUCACCACAAAAUGUUCCAAGAACUCAGAAUCUUCCUUCUGGGAACAAUAACUUCCAAAGGAGGGUGCAAGGUAAUGGUCUUGACUUCAAGUCCAAUAACUAUUUGCAGCCACCGCCAGUUCAACCGAAGGAACCUUCUGAGUUAGAGAAGCUAGUGGGACAAAUGGCCCAACAUUCCAAUGCUUUUAUGGAAGAGACUCGGGCAAACACUAGAAACACACAAGCCUCUAUCAGAAAUUUGGAGAACCAGAUUGGCCAGAUGGCUAAACAGAUGGCCGAAAGAACUCCAGACACUUUCCCUAGCAAUACAGUCACUAAUCCGAAGGAUGACUGUAUGGCUAUAACUACAAGAAGUGGCAAGGUGGUGGCAGCUUCAACAAAGCCAACCACAAAUGCGGACGCUACUGGAAAGGGUAAGGAGGUAGAGGAAGAAGUGGUUAUUCCUUCUGAUGUUGAGACACAUGUUCACAAAUAA